ACAUGUGGGAGUUUCUCGAAUGAACAAAUGAACCGACUUGGCGUCGGGUUGUCAUGGUUACGAUGAGUACCUCCAACAGGGGUCUCCUCCGGGAUAAUGCCACAGUCUUUAAAAAUGUGUCUUGACUUAUUCUCUCCAUGGCGUAUGCAUUGUGUUUUUCAAGUCAACUAAUUCACAUUUUCCUGACAUGAUGACUGCAACACUUAGAGGCGAAGAGGUGGAGGAACUGGGAAGAGUUAUUGUGCAGGUCCAGGAAGAUUUGAGACAAUUAAGGCGUGAAAUUGCUAUCAAAGGAAGUGGGGAAAAAUUGGACCUCCUAGCCUUAGACAAAGCCAUUCUCAGGACAGAAUGUGGCAUACGGAAGCAUGCAGAGCAGUGUCUUAAAGCAGUGAACAACCAGAUGCUGGUGCUCCCAAACAUUGAAGACAAACACCCCACCUCACAGAUUCCCAAAUGGGGACCCCCGCUGGAGAACAUACCUAAUGUGCACAGCCAGAGGGGAGGUCCUGACAGGAUCUCCCCUGGGGAGAAGCACAAGUUGGCGUUGACCAUGCGCCUGUUGUAUAAUCCAGCGCAUCCAAAGACCAGGACCAUCAUGAACGAAAAGUUCGGGAUCCCACUGCCGGAUGUUCACAAGAAAAGUGUGACCUCCGCAGCCCACCAGGGGGUGAUCAGCGUCCCCAGAGUGGGCCUCUCUACCCUGGUUUCUAGGCAGCAGCCCGGGUACUUUCCCCUGGCCCGGCCCGGGGCAGGAGGCCUGAGAACCGCAGGGGGGCCGCGGCUGGUGGACGUCGGUCUCCCCUUGCCGGCGCCAGACGUCUCUUCUCUGCAGACUUUGGUCCAGAACAAGGCUGCGCCUCUCCACGCCAGAGAAGCACAACCCUUUCCCCUCAGCGCAGAGCCGCCCGGGGACAGGCCGGUGCAGCGCCGUAAGCAGCUAACGUGGAGCAAGGAGCCUGGGGCAGCAGCAGGGAGGGCUGGCAGAGAGGGCCCUGCCAGCCUGGCCGCCCUGCCACCCACGCCCCCCGCCAGCCCCGCGUCCCGGAGGUCAGCACCCCGGAGUUCAGACCCCCGGAAGCCAGACCCCCGGAGCACCGCAGGGGAGGAGUGCCGGGCCCCUGAGAGCCAUGAGGUUAAUACACACGGGUGGGAUUUACCUAUCCUCUACUACCACUACUACUACUACCUUUAUUACUGCUAUUACUACAACUACCACUACUACUACCACCACUACUACUACUACUACUACUCCUACCUCUACUUCUGCUACUACCUCUACUACCACUCUUCCACCUCAAAGCCCUUCCUCUGCCUCCGGUCGUCUCUGCAGGGCCGUCCCGCGGCGGCCGUCAGCCGGUUCCCGUUCACCAUCGCGCGCGGCCGGGUCGACCCCACCGCCGCAGACUUCUGCCGCUUCAAGCAGCAGUUCUGCGUGCCGUGGAGCGGCCUGGUGGACGCCCUCCGCGCCCUGGAGGCGCUGCUCCGGCGGUACGCCGUGCCCCUGGCCCGGGUGAACGGGGAGCGGCUGGCCGAGUGCGGCCUGGGCCGGGACCUGGCCUGGGGCUGGGCCACGCCCCCGGUGUCCGCCCUGCUCGCCACCCUGGACAACCAGCCCGAGGUGCUGGCUCUCCUGCUCCGCCCCGGCCAGCGCUACAGGGGGGAGGGGGGCGCAGAGGCGGCGGCCGUCCGGGUCCAGGCCUGGUGGAGGGGCCGCCUGGCCCGUGCCGACUACCUGCGUCACCGCCGCCGCGUGUGGGCCGGGGGCGUCCUGGCCCUCGCCCGGUGGAGGCGCCUUCAGAUGCGGCGGGUCAGGGAGCUCCUGCAGGCCCGGCGACGCCGACAGCUGGAGAACCACCGGCAGAGAGCCCAGCAUCUGGCAGCCAACUGGAAACACAUCCACUCCUCCACGAGGACCAUUAUCCACAUUCCAUCAUUAGGCUACAGUCAGAGCCAGCGUUCGCAGUUGAAGGACUUUGGCAUCCUGCAGAACACGCAGAUAAGCAGGCUGGCUGACAUCAGAGACCCCAACGUGGAUGUGAUCUACGUGGCCCCCCGGCCCAUGGGCAAGGACGUCGCUGACUACUAUGCCCGUUUGCUGGAGCUCAAGGCCUCGGGGGCCCCUGAGAGCCCCUCAGGGCCCUCGUCUUUAGGAAACCACAAGCGCUUCACUAUCAUCACACCAGAAGCCCUGGACUACUUCCCGACCCACAGCAUGUGCCUGUCCACGCUGCUCAAGUACAGCCCGCACGCCCUGCGGCGCAUCAGGAACCUGGUCCAGGGGAGGCGGGCCUACAUCGUGGGCGGCGUGGCCCACGCGGAUGACCUGGCGGUGGCUGACGAGCUGGGCGUGUCCAUCCUGGGCCCGGAGCCGGACGUGGCCCGGCGCUACGGCACAAAGUCCGGAGGGAGGGGGGUCUUCACCGGGGCAGAGGUGGCGGUGCCCCCCGGCCAUGGGGGGAUUCACUUCCUCCCCGAGCUCCAUGAAACUCUGGCUCGGCUGAUGACGCACAACAUGGAGGUGCAGCGUUGGAUCUUCAAGAUGGACGCCGAGUUUGGCGGCCGCGGCACCGCCUACUGCGACGUCUGCCACCUGGGCUGCCACGGUUGGGCCCUGCAGGAGUACCGGCGCCUGGGCCCUGUUCUCUGGAGCCAGCAGUGGACUCAGGAACACGUUGUGCAUAAGUAUGUGGACCAGAUCCCUGCGUGGCUAGCCCGCCAUGCCCGGCCUGCCAACGCCUCCUGCUUCCCCGACUGGGCUGGCUUUCUGAAAGCCUUCCUCCGGCGAGGGGGCCUGGUGGAGGCCUACCCCCCCUCCCACAGUGUCACCUGCCUCACGGUAGAUCUGCUGCUGGAGCCCGGGGGGGAGGUGAGCGUGCUGUCCUGCGGAGACCAGCUCCACGGCGCCUGUCGGCUGGAGACCCUGGGCUCCUGCGUCCCCCAGGCCUCGGUGCGCCCCGACGCCCUGCACGCUCUCUGCUCGCGCGUGGGCCGCGCCUGCCUGCAGCGCCACAUCCUGGGGUACGUCUCCCUAGACCUGGCCACCUUCCUGGACCCCUGCACCGCCGAGCAGAAGGUGUGGGCCAUCGAUCUGGACCUGAGAUACAGCGACCAGCUCGCCCUGACCCAGUUGCUGCUGCUGGUGACGGGAGCUACGCUGGACUGCCGGUCCUGUCGUUUACUUGUGCCGCUGCCAACCCAAGAGAAAUCCCCUGAAACAGAGAGCCCAUCCAAACAUGCUGUGGGCCCCCGCUACGCCGUGCUAGUGAACCGCCUGCUCCACACCAACCUGUCCAUCUUCUACCACAGCGUGUUCUUCAGCAUGUGCAAGGCUCACGGCAUCGGCUACGACACAACGACUAAGAAAGGCACUGUGUUUGUUCUCCAUGACAGCAGUGAUAGACACAGCAUUGGGAUGUUAACCGUCGGUGACGAUCUCCUGGGAUCCCUGGUGACCUUUGCUCGGAAUCUGUCAGUCAUUCAUCAGGAAAUAUCAUCCCCUAAAACACAAGGAGACACUAAUUUCAAGGAUUUGCUGAAGGACAUUGAAGGUGUGCUGCAGAUGGCCAUUCAGAACAAAGAGCAAGCGUUGGAGGCUGAAACAUCUUAAGGGCUUUCCGAAUACUGUUAGGUUGCAUGGGGUUUUGACAGCUUAAUCCCACUAUGUAGGAGCUGAAGCACAAUAUUGUGGCCACGUUAUAUUAUAGUUAGGCUAGAUCUAGUUAAUUUUAAAUAAUUGUGUUUUAUUAGUUCAUAAAUGUAGUCACUUAUAGAAACAUAGAUUAAUGAGAAAUGAGAAAUAAAAACAUAACAGCUUU